AUGGUACCGCCCUUUUCAGAAGACUAUAAUUUACGAGAUCUUCGCUUGCAACUCACUUCACCUAUCGUCCAAACCCAGUCAUCAACAAUGCCUCCUCAGACGUUUGGAAGUAUGGUUGUCGUUUUUUUCUUUGUCACUUUCACAGCUUCAGAAGCGCAGCAUAGUGAUAUCAUUACUAACGUCGCUUAUCAUAAGGGAUAUAGCCCGUCAUCUAUUAUCCGUCCCAGUAGUUUCAUAACAGCCAGGCGCUCAAUGCCGAUAAGGUAUGCGCCGCUAUCUCCCUCAACUAUAAGAAAAAGUACACUCGAUGCUAGUCAGCCACUUCCAUGCUGUAAAGAUGAAUCUGGAGGAUCCAUUUGUCGUGCAAUGAAAUCAAAUGAUCCCCGUGGUUUCGCACAAAAAUGUGCGAAAGAGCCGGACUUCUCAUUGGUUGUGUGCUGCAAAUCAUGCGAUGAGCUAGGUCAGAACUACCGUGAGAGAGCAACAACAUUCUUCUCUCCUAGUAAUAACAACACAAACUGCUUUGACAGAAUGAGCCCAACCUAUUGUUCCCGCUUUCAAAGUAAUUCAGACUCUUGGAGCGCUAAACGAUGGUCUUGCCGGUCUGAACAUUACCGAUUGGGUUUCCGCGUGUGCCGUUCAACUUGUGGUUUCUGUAGCGUAGAUUGGUUGAAUGCUCCUGAGCCAGCAAAAUGCAACUAA